CAUGCUGUUGGGAGGUGGCAUGCAUGCUUCUCACAGCGAGUAAGAUCGAUUUGGCAGACCUGGAUCAUGGCCGAAGUUGCCCUGAUCGCUCCCAUUCAGUUUCGAUGGAGGUAGAAGAUGACAGAUCAGCUGGAGCGUGGUCGUGCACUACAGGUGGAGAACCAGUCUCUCAGGAACAAGCUCAAACGAAUUGGCCAACCUACAGACCUGCAAGGUGCUGGACAAUUGUCCCCGCGGCUUGCCCACGUGAUUUCUGCUCGGCCCAGUGCAGAAGAAGUGCAACAAGCAAGGACCUUGUUGGCGUCUCGCUACCAACAUGCCACCAUUGCAUGCAGUUCAGGGGCUUCUUCAGAUGACAUUCGCCUUGGGGAGCUGCUUAGGAAAAGAUUAGAGCUGAAGAAAUGCCAAGAGAAGCUGAAGCACCUGGAAUCUUCAGGUGAAUCAGCGAGACUGCAGUUGCGGGAGGCUGAAGAGGCUAUCCGGGUGGCCCAAACAACGUCGUUGUCAUUGCGUCGAGCGCGUCAAGAUGUUCUUGAUGGUGGCCGGGCAACCUGCGGCCCUUUGCAGCUAGCAAAGGCCUCUCUAAAGCAGAAACAGCAGCAGCUGAAGCUUCUGCGUCUCGAAGCGCAGUCCCCCGAGCUUUGGCCUGAUGCUGUGAAGAAGUUGCAUCGCAUCUUGCAACCUUUCGGAGAAGAGAGCUUGCUGCGGGAUGUUUUGCUGCGUUGGUGCCACGUGGCACUUUGGUCUUUGAGGCGGCUUUCAAACGAAAGAAGAGCCCAGGAUGGAGAGCAGGCAGACACCAUGGAAGUGAGAAUCGGUCCCGUGGCGCUCCUGGAGCUAGUCCCGCAGAACUUCACAACUUCCACCGAGGAAAAACUUGAAGUGGUUCUUGUUGCACGAGUUGACCAACAAGUGCAGAGGACGAGUAGCCAGCAGGUUCAGGGCAAAGCCGCGUGGCUGGAGCAUCACUUCACAUUUGAGGCCCUUUCUUGGAAGUCCACCUUGGAGUUGGAGGUUCUCUCUGUAGGUGAUCCUGACUCUCUCGGAUGCGGAUCAGUGGACUUCCUCUCAUUGACCCCCGGCAAGUGGCACGUGCUGAAGGAACGCAUUUGGGGAAGCACUUCUGGCUGGCUGGAACUCUGGGCCUACCUCACUGUGGACCGCCCUGCAUCGCCCGCAGAGGACGCGGUACAGGCUGAUUUGGUGCCGAAGCCAACCCAGAGGGAGCUUCAGAAAAAGCACUCGGAGGAGCUCGUGCGCGAUGAAGUUCCUCAAGGGGGACCCUCACGACCUGCUGCUAAAGGGAUGAGCCAACGGGAGCUCCAACGGCAAGAAUUGGAAAACUUGCUGGAGGACCUCUCGGAUCAGCAGAAGAAGGAGGCCAAAAUGAAAUCGCUGGAGACUAAGAUCGCUGAGAUGCAGGCGGAGCUUGAAGCUAUGAGAUCUGCUGGCACGUCAGCGCGGCAAAAGCGAGAUCAGAAGCGCCUCGAACGUCAUGGAAAUGCAAAUGUGGCUGGAAUUGAAAAGUUCCGAUCAGCUGGAAAGAGGUUGGCAGAGCCACGGGCCACCGAGUCUGUGCAGGACUUGGCCAAGACCUUUGGCUUUCGCUUUGAGGACUUGUUCAAGCUGGGCCAGGAAGUCAUAGACGAGGGCACCAGCCUUCCGGCCUGCUUUCGCAAAGGAUGUCAUAAUCGCUCGGUGGCUCGGCAUUGCUUGGCACCACAAAUUUGGCCAGGCGAAGAAUACAACAUCUAUGGAGACAGUGACACAGAGGAGAAAUUGGCCCGACGGCAGGAAGAAGCGAAGACGAUCAUUGCCCAAGAGAAGGAGCGCAUGGAUGGGGGCGUUCUUGGACGAAUGCGGAGAGGUGGUCAAACUCCUGGAGGAGCUCGACAACGGGCAGCCAAGCGGAAAGAAAAGAAGGGAGAGGUCAAGGACACCACUCCGGACCCUCAUGCUGGGACGGCUGAAGAAAGGCCUGGCAGGUCGACUACACCACGCAGGACCCCGCAGACCGAGCCGGUCUCAGUCUUGGGUAACUUGAAGGGACUGCUUGCCUUCGCUCAGGAUGGAGAUGAUGCUGCCAGUGAAGAACACAAUGUCUAUGGAAGUGAUGCAGAGGAGACCUUUCCCAAAAGGGAGGAAGAGGCCAAAGAGAUCAUUGCUCAGGAGAAAGACCGUUUGGAAGGCAUGGCGGUCCGCAUGCGACAACGAGGCCACCGGUGAUGGCGGUGCCACCUGAAGCAUCCUUCGAUUCGGAUGGCCAGGUGUCAUGGCGCCAGCGGCUGGUGCAGCCCGUGAGAGAGUGGCCAAGAAGAAAGAGAAGAAACUGGGUAAUGCUUUUGCUGCGGUGAAGGCCACAAGCAGCAAACCUGUAGGUGACUAGACUCUAGAACGCAGGCUAACUGGGCUUCCAGCGUUGAAGUAUGCAGACCGGGCAUGUUGAAGCUUUUUAGCUCAACCAAGGAUGAUGUAACAAAAGCAUUUGGGCCAGUGCCUGAAAAUUGGCAUUUGUACAUAGCCCUUUUUGAAGCCAGAACAGCUUGUGAAAAGCUCGCAAGCCACCUUGUGUUUUACCUGUUCUAUAAGAAGUUCUACUGUAC